AUGAAAGGGAAUAAGCCUACACUUGGAAAACAAUGGAUACACAACUUCCUAUUUAGAAACCCUGAAAUUCGAACCAAAAGACAAAUCAGAAUCAAUAAUCAACGUGUUUCAGGUACUACUAUCGAAAUUAUUAACAAGUUCUUCGAAAAGUUGAACUUGCUGGCUAUUAUCCAUAUUAAGCUGGAAAACAGAUGGAAUAUGGAUGAAGCUGGUAUUAUGGAAGGCCAGGGCUUGAAUGGUAUGGUACUUGGGAGUGCUGAGAGAUGCUUUAUUCAAAAGAAGCAGCUUGGCACAAGAAGUUGGACCUCUUUUAUUGAGUGUAUCUUUGCUACAGGAAAAGCACUACUACUCCUUGUUAUAUAUAAGGGUAAAAGUAUUCAACAACAAUGGUUCUCUACUGAACUUGAUAUAUAUAAGGAUUGGAAGUUCCAUACUACAGAAAAUGAAUGGACUACUAAUGAAACAGGCUAG